UGUUUUGAGGAAAAUAAAAACUUUUUUCCCUGUUUUGUGGGAAAUAAGAACUUUUUGCCCUGUUUUGUAGGAAAUUAUGACUUUUUUCCCCUUUUUGAGGGAAUUAAUGAUUUUUUCCCGCAAACGCGGGAAAAAAGUCUGAGAAAAUAUUUGAGGGAAUAAAAAGCUAUUUUAGUCCCAUUUCUUAGGUCAAACAGUAGCUAUUAUAGUAAAGUCGGGCAUAAAGAAUGUUAUUAUUUUGUCUUUUUAUUUUUUGUAGCACAUGUACAAAACGAAGACUUUUAUAAUCUUUCGCUAGAAUCGAUUGUGAGCAUCCUAAAAAACAACAUGAAUGAUGUUUCAUUAUUUCUACCACUUUUCCACAAUGAAAGAGUAAAUUAUCAUGAAAGCCAAAAGGCCAUUUUAAACAGUAAUUCUAACGUUGACUUAAAUAUGUCAUUCACUGAAAUAGUGGUAGAUGAAUCUGUUCCAUCAGAUGCGAAUAUACCAAUUAUUGAUGUUCAAGCUCCAAUUAACACUGAUGACAUUUCAAUGUCAGAAGAAAUUGAAAGUUCUACUCAGAAUAGUACUUCAAUUGCGGAAGUUGAAAAUGAAAUCUCUACCGACGAAAUUUCAACAUCGAAAGAAACGGAAAGUUCUACGCACAAAAAUGUUGCAGAUGACUUUAAGUUCGUUGAAAAUAGUUGGUAUUUUUCAUUGAAAGAUACAAUUGAGGGUCGCAUCAUUUUAGGAAUGUAUAAACAUUCAAAGAUUCUGUUACAAAGCAGAUUGAAAGUAUAUGUCAUUCAAAAAUUAAUAGUUGAAAAUCCAGUUACAUACAAAAUAAGUAACUCAAGGUUUGAAGAAGUAACAAAUCAGAUAGUACAAUUAUUUCCUACUACUACAGCUACGUAUUGGUACUGCAAGUCACAUGCUAAUGCUCAUGGUCAACACAUGUCAGCUUCUGGUUGUUUAAUAAAUUCUUAUAAAGUUUAUCGCAAAAAUUUAGUAUUAGCUGGAAUUAUUGAAGUUCAAAGCGCAUCUGCAAAUACUUCAAGCAGUAUAGUUACUGCCGAAGUAAAUGAGAACUCCGAAUUAGAUUUAUCGCCGUUGACAAAUUCAAAUCGUUCUGAAUAUUCCAUUUUGACUAUUACCGAUACGUGGGUCAAGUCUUUUGAAAAGAGGCAGCAAAUACUCGUAGUAAAGAAGAACAAAAAAGUUACCAUACGGUACGACAGUUAUUUGAAUACAUUUGUGUGCUUGAAUUCGUCGUUUGGACUCGAAUUGCUUCAAACAGAUAGUUAUUCGAUCAUACAGGGUUUACUCGAGACAAAUGCUACUUCGAAAACUAUAGCAGACAAUUUUCGAAGUAUUUUUGAUACACGCUGGACUAUUUUAACUCCUUUACUUUGCAAAUUCGGGGAUGUUUCGCAAAUAAGUUGUAUUAAAGAUUUCAGAAGAACACACAAGGAAUAUAUUGCUCAAAUUCCUAAACCUAUAUUAGCAUUGUUGUAUGCAGUCUACUUUCUCACAAAAGCAAACUCUGUUACCACAAAAGAGAGAGGUACCUACACCUUUUCACGUGAUGAAUGUGUAGAAAAUUUCAUAAAAGUAGUUGAGAAUGAAUCUCUGGUUGAAACCUAUAUUUCGAAAUUGAAACGAAAGUUGAAUGACCUUGGAUUGGCUGUUGCUCCCUACGUUAUCUUUUGUGGAAGAUUAGAUAAUAUUACCAAAGCAUUCGUCGUUUUUGAUACUAUACGUUACGAAAUUAAGGAUCCUUUAAAAGCAGUAGAAGCUUGUCUUCAAAUAUCUAUAGCCUUACAUUCCUGGGCAGUGAAUUGUAGUACUGUCUGGCUAUAUUUAUUAGAGCACAUAUAUUACAUCCGUCCGAAUAUAUCUUGCGCAUUCCCACCUGCAAAGACGGCUAAAACUGUAUCGGCUUUUAUUAAUAAAAUUGAUCCUUCAUUCACUACUGCAGAAGAAAGUGCUACUACUUCUUAGGCCUGCUUGUAAUAUUAUUUCUAUGUAUCAGUAUUAAUAGAUUGUAACUACUUGGAUAACUUGUAAUUACUGACGUUGCUUUAGAUUUAAUAAUCGCAAGUUUUGACAAUCGUAAAUGCUUAUGUAAUAAUAAUUUAUUACCAAAAUGGAUUACGUGAGUCUUUUCAAUGCUAUUUUAUCAUUUGUCAUCUUACUAUAUGGAGAACCAUCUUUUCCGAGGAAGAUAGUUGAAAUAAUUUUUCAUUUUAUAACCGAAUUUAUUACUGAAAAAUUCUGUAAGUCUCUAGAAGAUUCUGUUCUGAAAAUAAUUGAUAAGGCCCAUAGCAAACAGGAAAUGAAAGAAAAAAUUCGCGAAUGUUUUUCAUUACAUUGUAAUAUUUUUCAUAAUUUUUCGACAGAAAAAAAAACGUUUACAAUUCUUAAAAAAAAAAGGAUUUCAAGAACCAGAAAAAUUUGAAAUUCGUAAAGUUUUUACUGAAGUAAUUCAAGGAAACAAAACUGUUUUCGUACAGUCGCCAGUUUUUGCUUAUUACUUGUCUUUAAUUCACUCUUUACAACAUUUUUUAGAGAUUCCAAAAUUAGCUCGAAAAAUUAUAGAUAAUGUAAAAAAAUUGUCUCUAACGAGUGAUAUAAUUUCAAAUGUUAUGCAAAGUAAAUUCUGGAAAAAACAUGUUGUAAAUAAUAUCAAAAAUGAAUACGUAUUACCGCUUUUUCUAUAUUAUGAUGACAUUGAAGUUGGAAAUGCUCUGGGUAGUCACAGUGGUAAAAAUAAAUUCGGAGUAGCAUACGUUUCGAUAGAUUGUUUGCCUGCAAACAUUGCUUCACUAUUAGAAAGUAUUAUUUUUUCAAUGAUUGUGCAUUGUGAAGAUAUGAAGCAAUGUACGAAUGAGCUUAUUUUUCGAAAGCUUAUAAACGAAUUAAACUUUUUGAGUCAAACGGGUAUUACUGUAGUAGUUGAUAAUAUUCCUACUGUUUUCAAAUUUCAUACCGUUGUUAUUAUCGGAGACAAUUUAGGACUAAAUGCAAUAUGCGGCAUGGUGGAAUCAUUUAAAGCUAAUGUUUACUGUCGAAUAUGCAAAGCAGAUUCAUUUGAAUGCUCACAAUUAUGUUCUGAAAGCAAGAGCCUCAUGAGGACACGAGAAAAUUAUCAUUUAGAUUUAAUGAAAGCUAAGACAAAUGAAACAGGCUUGAAAGAAAAUUGUGCAUUCAAUAAGCUACAUAAUUUUCAUAUUACAGUUAACAAAAGCGUUGAUUUAAUACACGAUGUACUUGAAGGUGUUUGUAUAUAUGUGAUACGUGUUAUUUUAUACGAAUAUAUCUAUAAGUCGAAAUUGUUUACUCUUCAGUAUCUGAACUUAAGAAUUCAUGAAUUCGUGUUGCACUCGGAUGAUACGAAUAAGCCUCCUCCAAUCACGUUGAAUAGAUAUAAAGAAAAAUUAAAUUUGAAAUAUUCUGCUUCUGAAAUGUUAUUUUUAACGCGAUACUUAGGGGUAGUAAUAGGUGAUAAAAUUCCUCGUGAUGACCAACAUUGGAAGAUGUAUAUUUGUUUGAGAAAAAUUGUUGAUAUUCUCAUGUCUCCGAGAAUUGCGAAUACACAUAUAACUACGUUAAGGCAACUAAUUGAAGAUUUGAAUUCUACAUACUUAAAUUUCUAUAAGGCAUUAAAACCCAAAUUUCACUUCUUAAUACAUUACCCUACAAUAAUGGAUUUUUUUGGACCAUGCGUACACUAUUGGACGAUGCGCUAUGAAUCGCGUCAUCGAGACGUUAAAGCAAAUGCUGUUGCUUCCAAUUGUAAUGUAAAUCUCCUAAAAAGUAUUGCAAUCAAACAAGCGUUACAGAUGACUAAAACAUUUGAUACCUUUAAAAAUAAAUCAGAUAUCUCAUUUGACUCAGAUAAUAUUGCAAAUAACGGUACUUAUAACCAGGUCACUGUAAAUGGAAGUGAGUACAGAGUUGGAUGUUUUAUAGUCAUUAGUGUAUAUGAACCAGAUAUUCAAUUUGGAAAAAUAAUUAAAAUUGAAAAACUUUCAUUGACUGAUCAAAGUAGAGAUCAAAUUGAAUCACUGGUACAAUUCACUGUUCUUAUUUACGAAGAGGUUUACUUCGAUGACCACUUUAUGGUCUACGUCAUUGCUAGUACCGAAAAAAUUGUAACGCUUUAAUAUAGUAACAUACCGAGUAUGCCAACUGUCGCUGCCUUAAAAAAAGGAGAACAUUAUUGGAUUAUACCACGUUAUGUAUUAUAAUUAUAAUAUUUUGUAUAUUCAACUUUUAUAAGCAAAAUAAAUAUUUUUAUACAGUA